CGUUUUGGCUGUGCUGUGCGGUCAUACAACACUCUACAGUAGAGCGAAAAGUAGUGAAAAAGUGCGAAAUACGCAGAGAUUCCAGGCUUCCCGGUAAUCCAAAAGUGACCAAUCGUAGUGAAUUCUCGGAACGGAAGUUUAGUGAAGAGUGGCAAGGCCGGAACGCGGACGUUUUUGUGGUUCCGCCCGGAAGAAGAAGCCUGUGUGCGCCGUAUAAUCUGUUGAUUUUUUUUUUCGCUAUCGCGGUCGUAACAAUAUUCCGGAACACUGUACAGCCGUUUCUUGGUUUUUGGUCAUCGCCGUAGCCGUCGUCGUCGUUUGUGAGGACAGGGAGCAGAAGUUUUGGAAGUAGCAGUCCCCCGAAAAAAAAAACGUCACACAAAAACAAUGGAGAAGAGAAUAGCGCUGGAAAAACGCGGACUUCCAGAUGAUAAGAUCACCGAGCUUAUCCUGGACAACUGCCGCAGCACCAACAUCGAUGGCCUUACCGAUAGCUUCAAAGCCCUGGAAGUGCUCAGUCUGAUCAACGUCGGACUGGUAUCGCUGAAGAACUUCCCCAAGCUGCCGGCCCUCCGCAAGCUGGAACUGUCGGACAAUCGGAUCCAGAAUGCACUCAGUCACCUGACCGGUAGCCCCAAGCUGACACACCUGAACCUGUCCGGCAAUCGGAUCAAGGAUUUCGAAGAGCUGCAACCGCUGAAGGAGCUGGAGAACCUCGAAGUGCUGGACCUGUUCAACAACGAGGUCACCAUGACCCAGAACUACCGGGACAAAAUUUUCGAACUGAUCCCCUCGCUAAAGUACUUGGAUGGAUUCGACAGGGAAGACGCCGAAGCACCUUCAGACGAAGAGGACGAAGCGAACGGUGGCACCGAAGAGGAUGAUGACCGGGCAUGUUUCUCCAUCAACGGCAUCGACAUUGACCUGGACGAGCUGGAAGCGUUCGAAUCGCGUCUGAAACAGAAGCGAACCGGGCCUUCGAGCGAAGUCAACGGUCUCGAGUCCCGGCUUGGUCAGUUGGAGCUUAGGCAAGAUGAUGACGCAGCUGUUGCUGGUGCUGGUGUUGCGGUGGUGGAGGCGGAGCCUAAAGACGACUUAGACAGGUUAUACGAGGAAAUCCAGAGGAGACGAAAAGACGAACAGGAGAAGCAACAACAGCUUGAAGCGGUCACCAGCACUAGCGGAACGACUCCGUCGGCGCCUGUCUCGUUGGGAUCGCUUCUGUUGGCCUUUCUUUCCCUACUAGCCUUUAUCAAUCAGAUCUGCUACGUGCAAGGCGACCGGCAGCAACUGAUAGAGCAUGACUCCGAUCUGGACCAUUCCUCCGACUAUGACGAAGAAGAUGAGGACGAUAACGAUGUUUCGUUAGCUGAUGUGUACAAUGAAAAUCUCGAAGAGGAUGGAUCGGACUGGAACGAGGAGGACGGUGAAGUCGAUUACGACUUUGACGAACCCACCGACGAGGAUGAAGAUGACGGCGAGGGCGAGGGUGAGGGUGAAGGUGAAGCCGCCGCCGCUGCCGCCACAGCAGAGAACGCCGGAUCCGACAGUGAAGCUGGAGAAGAAUCCGAAGCCAGGGGCAAGAAGCGAAAACUCGAGGGCAAUGACGGUUAAGGUGCCGUGUGUCCCUUUUCCCAAUAAAAAAAAAUCCCCUUUUACUUUAAUUAUUGAUAAUUGUAAGGAUAAGUUUUGACUGUAAGGAUACAAAAUAUUAUAAACUCUCCGCAAGGAAAACACAAGUAUAAAUGAAUCCCCAGAAACCACAAAUUUACAGUAAAUCCCGAAACCCGGUAGAAAAAGAAGCUAACACAGCAAAGCAGCAACACUUAGGAACAAGUUCACAGUCAGACAGUGAAUGAUCACACUCACACACACCUACAUAGAUCAACAAUAGAUGGGAAAAGUUUAAAAUACAGGAACACACACACCUGUGUGAUUGGGUGCGAUUUUUACGUACCCGCGCACAGUUUUGUAGGGACACGCGGCGCAUCACAGCAAUGGUCGCAAAAGAAGUAAACGGGGAAUAUUAUUCUAAACCGCAAACUGAUAUGAUUGAACAAAAGUCGGAAAGUAAAGAAAUGUAUAGUUUUGACAAAAUUUACGCAAACAGCAGUACCUUGAUGAGUUUUUGUCCUUCUAUUUUUAUAGAAUUCCCUUGUGUCGUUCUAGCAGAAAUAGCCAAAAAUCAAACGGCUCUAGUCCGUUUGACAUAAUGCUGUCCUAUUUGAAUCAUAAUUACGCCAAGCGGUUCAGAGUAAUCCCAACAAGUCAAUAACUGGGCGCAAGUUUCACUGUUAAUAUUCUGUCGGCUGUGCAGGAACAUUACUCAGUUUAUAAAGCAGCGCUAUAAGCAGUAGCUACCUUCAUGCAAAAUACAUUGUAAAAAAACGGUAUUGACCAUCGUUUGUUGAAUGUUUCCUUAUUAAGUACUCGUAAAAAUUGUUCGUGUAACAAUAACUCUUUGAACUCGACUUCCUAGCGCUUUCAUUCUCGAUGGUUCGUUUCUGUUACUUUCGUCCGAAAAAAAGGCUAGUUCUUUUCAAUCAUGUCGUCUGAAAGUCUUUCAAUUUUCCAUUUCAUCUUCUGCUAAUUUUCCCCCAAUUCACGACGAACAAACUCUGAUUAUACAAGAGAACAACAAACACACCCAAAUGAGCAACAAACAAGAUUGAAUGGGUAUUAGUAUGUGAUGACCAGAAAUCAGUGCUAUAAUAUACAAACACUUCGGUCCGGUUUCGCUCUAAAGUAUGGCGGAGAUAUUUGAAGCGAUUUGGAUAUCUACAAGCAAACACAGAUACACCCAUGCAUACAAAAUACACACACCCAUGAUCCAGAGAGAUACAAAAAAAUAGUAAAACAUUGAAAAAUGAGUAAAAAUCAACCCAAAAAUGUCGACUCGGUUCGACAAGAAUGGAAAAUCAAGAUGGAAACAAGAAGCAAAAUUUAUAAAAUUAACAGAAAGUAUUUGUUUAAAUAAAAAAAAAGUAAUUGAAAAUGA